UGUUUUGCGUAAAACAAAUUCCUUUCACACGUGACGUUUUUAAGAGUCACGCGAAUAUUGGAAAUGUCUUUCAGACGUUGAAAUUCGAAGUUAUCCUAUAAAUUUUCGUACUCGUCUUCCUCGAAAUGAAGAAAAUAAAACAUACUAAAAAUAAUAGGUGCGAUUCGAUUUUCUCCUUCGGUAAUAGUCUAAAUUUGAAGCCCGACCAAAGGGCGAACGCUGAUCCAGUCUUGAAAGCCAAGAAAAAAAAGAAGAAAAAAUGUCCUUGUCCAGAAGCUGGGCCUUCUGGAAGAGCUGCAAAGGAAGUACCAUCCUUUGGAUACAGACAGGAUGUCAAAAGCCACUGCCUCGGAAAUGAGCCAGUUCUUGCUUAUGGAGAACCCAGAAGACCAUACGAACUACCCAAGUAUCUUCCACCAAAAACCAAGAAGUACAUGAAGGGUAGGGACGAAGCUAAGAAGAAAUAUGAGGAAGACCUCAAUUUUUGCAAACACAUCAUGGAGGCAACUGACAUGCCAAAAGUGCCAGCUAAAGAAAAAAUACUGCAGAUAACCAUACCAUCUCCAGACCAGAGUGAGGCCAAGGUUCAACCUCGAGGUCUCUCGCCAACAACCAGUACAAUAGUUCCGAUAGCACCGAUUCCCAAAGAGCUAGAAAUGAAAAAACCCAAGAGUGGAAUAAUCAUAAACGAAAAAGAGAAGAUCGACGACUAUGACAGCUUCGAUUUGGUCUACAGGAGGCAACCAAGGCCAGGAUUCGAAAAGGAACUGAAAGCUCUGAGGAAAAAGAAGAAAAAAAGACUGGAAUCGAUUCACGAGGAAGAUGAAAAGAAAGAUUUGGAGGCGUUGAUGGAAAAGGAGUUGCUCGAACAUGCCCUUCAAGGUGAGGGCGAGGAUGAACCACCGACAAGACUGAUGGACGAAGAAAUUGUAGAAGAAGAAGAAGGUGAAGGCGAGGAUGAGGGCGAAUUGACCAAAGUGUUCAGGAAGAAGGUUGAGCAGAUGUCCAAAUCUACCUCGUACCAACCGAAAGAUUAUGGAGGAUUAGAUGUGCGAGAAGAACAGGAGAAGCUUCCACCCGUAGGUCAGAUGACGCAGAAGUUCAGGAGGAGCUCAGAAAUCGACAGGUUCACCAUACCGCCUCCCAAGAUCAAACGGGGAACUCUGGAGAGUCACUCCUUCACCAAGAUAAACCAAACCACGCUCAAAGACUUCUUUUACGGUACCAUAUCGGGAACCAUGCACCAAGCCGCCGAACACUUCCCGGAGCAGAUCAAGAAUAACCAAGGAUUGACGAUGCCGGUUUCUGCUUACUGCUACGCACUGCUGAAACAUCCUAGCGCUUGGGAGGAGAAGGAUGUCGACGAGAUCAUCGAGGCUGGCAACGCGAUGUAUAUGGAAUGUCUGCACAAGAUGCGCAAGCGAAGCGGAGCCGUCAAAGUUGGCGCAGAUGAUCUACCUAAAUACUGCUAUCUCUUGGAUAAGAAGAUACGUUUCAAGUUGAGCGAACCUCAGGUGACUGGUAUCAUCAAAUCGGAUCAGAAGAACGUGUAUAAUCUGACCAAGGGCGUUCACAUCUUUUUCUCUCGUUACACCGCUGGCAUCUUCCAGACCAAAGGCGUAAACAUCGCGAUUUGGCGUGAUAAGUAUUACUAUUUCUUCGACGCUAGGCCGAGGACCAGAGACCUCUAUCCAGACCCAGAAGGGACAGCGCUGAUGGCCAAUUUUUACGAUGUCGAAUCGGUCAUUUCUGUCCUUCUGGAUCGAUGUCUGUUUGGCAAUUGGCCAUUUGUGAUAAUCGCCAUACAAGCCUUCAGCAUACAGAACAAAAACGAGCCUGAAGAACGAGAAUCCUUGAUGGACAUCGAGGAUAAAGCCACGUACAGCGUCUUGAACGAACGUAAAGCUGUGGUCCAGGGUUCCUUCGAUCUGGCCGACAAAUGUUUCGAGUUUUCCAGGAACAAGCAGGCUUUGGCUAUGUCUGCGGUGUCAUUGGUGUACUCUCGCAUCUCUCCACCCAGUUCGUGGUUCAAGAAGACCGUGGAUAAGAUAAUGAUCAUAGGAAACCAGCUGUAUUUGGAAUGCGUCAACCACAAACCCCUCGGGGAGCUGAAACUGGAGCAGCUACCGGCUGAGUUCACCCUUGGUCCAUAUUCGGUGGAGAUUUACGUCAAACCCAACGUGUAUGGCGAUUACAUCUGCAGGAAGGGCAAGUGCGUGUUGGAGAUCUGCCUAGAGAGGUUCUUCGAGACCUAUUCCAUGGCCAUCGUGAUACUCGGGAGUAGCACCAUCGCGAUCUGGAAGCAGAGGGGAGUUUUUUACUGUUUUGACCCUUACUCGAGGAAUGUUCAAGGUUACGCAGCGAGAGAUGGCGUAGCGUGUGUUUCGAUGCACACCGACCUCGACUCUUUAACCUGGAUGAUAGCCAAGAACUACUGCGGCCAAGACACCAUCUUCUACAUCCACGCCCUAGUGGUAUGUCGCAUAACCAGAGAGCAAGCGAUGACCUGCGCCAUACCUGUCAACGUCACGAUGGACGGUAUAACCGAGGAGGAUCUGAAGAAGACCACCAAGAAGAGAGGUCAGAGGUCGGCUGUUGGAAAACCCAAACCUAUCCAAGUGAAGGCAGACGCCAACAAGUCCAUAUGCGAUCCUCCGGUGGAGUUGGCCGAGGGGGAGUCCUUGGUCCAGGUCGACUCAAACGUCGGGAGUCUAGCAAUGUCGACCCUGCCUCAAUUCCUCCACUUUCCGCACACCAAAACUCCGCUAGGUGCAGAAAAGAUAGCCGAUCUUGAAUCUCCCAGUCUGUCCGAUACACAGAUAGAGCCACCUCGGAUAAAAGACGAAGACGAGGGGACCAUGAAGGUGGACAUCGAUUCUUAUCAGCUCACCAUGGAAGAGUUAGAAGGCAAGAAGAAAGAAAAGGGGGCGGGCGACAAGGCUAAAGCUGGGGACAAGAAAGCCGAUGAUAAGAAGAAGCCGGCGGCUGCUGCAGCUAAGCCUGCAGAGGCUGCCAAACCUGCCGCGAAGCCUGGGGAGGCAGCAGCUGGCGGAGAUCAGAAGAAAGAAGGAGAGGAAGGGACAGAAUUUUACAUGGCCGCUGAUGCGGCGACUGUCAUCCAUUCCAAAUCCUUCAUGAACGCCACAUCGAUCAAUCUGAGCGCCGGACUGUCUGGUUUUAUGCUUCAUCCGGAGGUCCUACCGCCUACCAAUCUCGCGCAAACGCUGGGCAGGAAGAGGAGGGUCUUUUACAAGUCCCAGCAGGGCUCCAUCGUCUUGGGGUACGAGCCCGAACCCGACAUAACCCAGUCGGAGGAGUUGCGAAAGGAGAACAACUUCGUGGAUCUCCCUGACAACUCGCAGAUAGUUAGGGGCAAGUCCAACAUGGCCGAUCUGGAAGGACAGGGUGGAGAUAUGGAGUAUCUGGCGCCCUUCGUCUGUAUCAUGGCUGCGGCGGUCGCCAAAAAGUUCUCGUUGGUUUCUUGGAGCCCCGACGUCGUUGAAUACGUGCUGAAGUGCGGCCAAGAGCUGUUCAAGGCAUCAAAGUUCAGAUAUGACCAGGUUUCCAGACUGGAUAUACCGAAAGUUUCCUUAGGAUCGACCGAUUUUCACAUCACAGUUGACUAUCUCUUCGACACCUACCUCAAAGACAACAUCCUGGAGGUGGCCUUGGACCGUAUACUCUUCACCAGGUCCGAUUGUGGGAUAUUCGUGACACCGACCUACGCCUGCGCGAUUUUUUAUCGUCACCAUCUAUAUUAUCUAUACGAUGGAUAUGGUAACAACGAGGUUGGACUCAGCGAAGGGAAGAUCAACACAGGGUUGGCCUGUCUGAUCAGAUUCAAGGAUUUGAGGAGUUUGGUGCAAAGGAUAAUUUACAACAAGUCUGUGAGGGAAGGGGUGGAACCAGUGGAGUUUUCCAGGUUUGUCAUAAGCCGAGUUGAGGUUAUCGCUUUGAAUCCUCCAAAACCAAAGCCACCUGAAGGGGGAGAAGACGAUGAGGAAUGGACGGACGUGGAAGAAAUGGAAGGGGAGGAAGAGGAAGAAGGAGAAGAACAGGAUAAGAAGGACAAAGAGACGAAACCCAAAGUAGAAGUGGGAUGGAAAUGGUACAAAGGAAUUGGCACUAUCAGAGGCUCAAAGGGUCUUAAAGGGAGAGGAGUUGGAGAGAACGAGAUCAAGCAGGAUCAUUUCGCUUGCAUCUGCGCGUGUUUGAUGCUCAUAGAGGUUCCCAUAGAUAGAUGGGAUACUGGAAAAGUGGACUAUUGCUUGGAGCAAGGCAAAAACAUCUAUAAUCACGCAGAUGAUUUGUGCGCGACCGAGAAGAGGAUCAUCAAGAACGUCUUGAUCAGGAAGCACUUCUUCGAUAUCAUCGUGAAGAAGAUACAGAUCAUCAAUUAUAGCCAGAACAAGGAUAUGGACACAGGUAUCGACACUCUUUUCGGUAGGAGAUAUUCCUAUUUUAUCGUACAGAUGGUUGGUUGUUGCAACGUCAUCUACAAAGGGAGUAAAAACUGCUUUUACCUCUUCGAUCCGUAUGCCAUAAAUCGAAAGGGAAAACCAGCUGAUAAUGGGAAAGCUGGUUGGGUUAGAUAUAGGAAGCUGAAACAGGUGAAAAGGAGGUUGAGGAAGGAAGCCUUCAAAACUGGCGGCUUGUACUCGUUCUACACCUUCGAAGUGACUUCUAUCAAGAAAGCCCCGAAGGGUAUAAUGAUAGGACACAAGUUACAUUUAUACCAGGAAGAUAAACCUAAGAAGAAAGAGAAGAUAUCUAAACCCUUCCACGAGGAAGUCUAUUGGUUGAAUAUGGAUCCAAUACCUUGGUCCAGGAUGGUUCCUAUGACUCCAACAGGAAUGCCGAGAGGAUGUCCGGACACCAUGUGGCACAAUUGGGACAUGGAAUACAACAACGAUCUAUACUCCAUGGUGGGGAACGUUCAUCAAGCUUCCACCAUGUUCCCUAUAGAGAGCAGAGGGAAGCAGACCCUCUGUAACCUGGUGAUGGCCAUUGGCAUGCUUCAAAUAUACGAGUUGAAGGCUUGGAGUUCUGCCAUCGUAGAUUCGAUCUUGGUCAACGGUGACAGCUAUUGCAGGGAGUGCAUCAAGGAGAUAAGCGACGAGAACUACGAGCUUGGCAUGGACGAUCUCAAGAAGCAAUGUGAGAUCUUCCCAUACUCUUUCAAGGUGGCAAUAUCCAACGUGGUGGAUGGCACCAUGUUCUUACUGAGGUCCAGGUCUUUCAACAUGUACAAAGCCUUAAGAUACUUCUUCGAUGGUUUCGAGAAGCGUUUUGGCAUAGUGGUGGUGACCAAGAACAACGGCAAACGCCAGGUGGCCUUCGGUAAGACGCAGGAGUUGGAGUAUUUCAUGUUUGACUGUGAGGCCGUGGGCGCCCCGAUGUUCAGCGACGGAACGGCAGUGGCGUACGUCUUGAGGACGACCACCUUGAACAGGCUGCUGCACGUACUGACGCUGACUCUGAGAGGAGGCGAUUUCUUUAUAUUCGAGGUUAAAACUUUGGACUUGAAACCCGUCAGCUGAUUGUAAAUUUCGUGAUGUGUUCGUUGCCUAAUUAUACUGUUUGGUUGUG